GUCUCCUCAUCACUUGCUACACUUGCAAGAUCCAGCUGCCGGAGGGGUUUCGGAAAGAGAUGGCACGCUAUCUUCGCUCUGUGCAGCUCCCAGAUGGAGGCUGGGGCUUACAUGUGGAAGACAAAUCGACCGUGUUUGGCACAGCACUGAACUAUGUAGCCCUAAGGAUCCUGGGGCUCGGACCAGAUGACCCUGACAUUGUACGGGCCCGUGUCAACUUGCACAGCAAAGGAGGUGCUGUGGGAAUCCCUUCCUGGGGGAAGUUCUGGCUGGCUGUCUUGAAUGUUUACAGCUGGGAGGGAAUGAACACGCUUCUCCCAGAGAUGUGGCUGCUUCCUACGUGGUUCCCAGCCCACCCGUCCCGGCUCUGGUGUCACUGCCGCCAGGUCUACCUCCCCAUGAGCUACUGCUACGCCAGGCGUCUGUCAGCGGAAGAGGACGAGCUUAUACGGAGCUUGCGGCAGGAGCUGUAUGUGCAAGACUACACCAGCAUAGACUGGCCAGCGCAGAGGAACAAUGUGGCUGCCUGUGAUGUGUACACCCCACACAGCUGGCUGCUGGGGGUUGCCUAUGCUGUCAUGAACGUGUACGAAGCCCACCACAGCACUGGCCUACGGCAGCGAGCCGUCGCAGAGCUGUAUGACCACAUCAAAGCUGACGACAGAUUCACCAGGUGCAUCAGCAUUGGGCCGAUUUCCAAAACGCUCAACAUGCUGGUUUGCUGGUUUGUGGAUGGGAAGAACUCCCCAGCUUUUCAGGAGCAUAUUUCCAGGAUCCCUGACUAUCUCUGGCUGGGCCUCGACGGCAUGAAGAUGCAGGGCACAAAUGGAUCCCAGCUCUGGGAUACUGCCUUUGCCAUCCAAGCCUUCUUGGAGGCAGAUGCCCAGAAGAUGCCUGAAUUCACAUCCUGCCUCCAAAAUGCCUAUGAGUUCCUCAGGUUCACCCAGAUCCCGGAGAACCCACCUGACUACCAGAAAUAUUAUCGCCAUAUGAACAAGGGUGGCUUCCCCUUCAGUACCCGAGACUGUGGCUGGAUUGUGGCGGACUGCACGGCAGAGGGGCUGAAGUCAGUUAUGCUGCUGCAGAAGUGCCCCUUCAUAGCCCAGCUUGUACCCCCUGAGCGCCUCUUUGAUGCUGUGAAUGUGGUAAGUGCUACAAAGAUUAGGGCCAAGGGAAAUGUGGCCAGAUAAACUGAGCGAGGUGGCCACUUGCUGGAGCUGCUUAACCCCUCAGAGGUGUUUGGAGACAUCAUGAUAGACUACACCUAUGUGGAGUGCACGUCGGCUGUCAUGCAGGCACUGAGACACUUCCACAAUGAGUUUCCUGAGCACAGAGCCGCAGAGAUCAGGGAAACUCUUCAGAAGGGCCUGGACUUCUGUCGCAAGAAGCAGCAAGCUGAUGGGUCAUGGGAGGGGAGCUGGGGGGUUUGUUUCACUUAUGGCACCUGGUUUGGUCUGGAGGCGUUCGCCAGUAUGCAGCACACAUACCGCAGUGGGUCUGCAUGCCAAGAGGUGGCCCAGGCCUGCCAGUUCCUUGUCUCCAAGCAGAUGGCAGACGGCGGGUGGGGAGAGGACUUUGAGUCAUGCGAGCAGCGCACGUACGUGCAGAGUGCUGUGUCACAGAUCCACAACACGUGUUGGGCCCUGCUGGGGCUCAUGGCUGUCAGGUACCCUGACAUUGACGUGCUGGAAAGGGGCAUCAAAUUGUUGAUUGAUAAGCAGCUGCCCAAUGGGGACUGGCCUCAGGAGAACAUUGCUGGGGUAUUCAACAAGUCGUGUGCCAUCAGUUACACUGCGUACCGCAAUGUCUUCCCCAUCUGGACGCUGGGGCGCUUCUGCCGGCUGCAUCCCAGCAGCCCUCUUGCUGGGCAACUGCAAUCCACAUCUGCAGCUGUGGUGGGGAAGACCAUGCAGGAGAUCUUAUCUGCCUGA